AACUUGAUGUUUAUCAGCUGUUUUUCGGCAACGAAAAACGCCUUGUUUUCGUUUAAGUAAAAAUAACAACAUAUUAAUAUAUUCGUACAAAUGUUCCAAUAUCUUCAAAGCCGGCGUGUAAAUAUUGAAUUGCUGCAAGAGGCAGCAUGCAGAGAGAUUGUAAAUCUUUUAGAGCAGAUUGAUGGAUCCAAACUUCUAAUAUUAGAUGAAGACAUUCUGGGACCUAUUGGGUUGAUUGCUUCUCCUUCGCUUUUUUCGGAACGGAAUAUUAAGCUUCUCAAAUUAAAAUUGGAUGCACAAAUACCUCGGGAUGCAUCUAACAUCAUAUAUAUUGUGCGAACACAUGUCCGAAUUAUGGACAUAAUUGCUGAACAUGUUAAAAAGAAUCUGGAUAAAAACAGACAGUUUCACAUCUUUUUUGUGCCAAGGCGAUCAUGCUUAUGUAUCAAACAUUUAGAAAAUUUGAAAGUGUAUCAACACUUUACACAAAUAAAAGAAUUAGAAUGGAACUUCUUUCCUUUGGACGUGGAUACUGUGUCUAUGGAACUACCUUUUGCUUAUCGUGAUGUAGCAGUUGAUGGUGAUCCAACAGUAUUGUAUCAAGCAGCUGUAGGUUUAGUGCAGUUACAACGGCUCUAUGGACAAAUACCCAAAAUCUAUGGAAAGGGUAUUCAUUCGCAAAGAAUAUGGGAGCAUGCAAAACAAUUGGGUGUAGAAGAAAAAAUGUUGAAUGGGGAUAAAGGUUUGAUAGAUCAAAUUAUUUUGCUUGAUCGUUCAAUAGAUAUUUUAAGUGCUGUCGCAACACAGCUCACUUAUGAAGGGUUAAUUGAUGAAUUUUUCGGCAUAAAAAAUAAUCAACUUGUUCUGCCAGCAGAACUUUUCUCAAGUGCAGACGAGCAAAACACUACUCAAACGCAAUUUGUCGCCGGCAAGAAAACAUUCUUUAUGAAUUCUGGUGAAAAAUUAUUUGCCGAAUUGCGGAACAAAAACUUCAAUGAAGUUGGAAAAAUUUUAGCCCGUAAUGCUCGUGAGAUUAGUGCGCAAAUGAACACAAAUGCGCAGGAUACUUCGGUGCAGGAUAUGAAACGCUUUGUAGACAAAUUACCAGCAUUGUUAGCGCAAAAACAAUCCGUGGCAGUGCAUACAACAAUCGCAGAAAUUAUUCGCAAAAAAGUAGAUACUUUCGAAUUCUCCGAUGAUCUGGCAGCCGAGCAAGAGUUUAUGAUGUGCGAGGACACAGACAAGGCCAGUGCUUAUAUUGAAGAUAUGAUUGCGAAAAAGAGUGACCUUGAAAAUGUUUUACGACUAAUGUCGAUGCAAUGUUCGGCGGCUUCUGGAUUUAAAGAGAAGGUUUUGAAUUAUUACAAACGUGAGUUAGUUCAGGUGUACGGAUUAAAUGUUCUGCUUAAAAUAAGUAAUUUGGAAAAGGCUGGUCUUUUGUACACCCAAUCAGAAUCCCGUGCUUAUGCGGUAUUACGCAAGACUCUUAGUUUAACAGUGGAAGAUGUCGUUGAAAUAGAGCCAAAGGAUAUCAGUUAUGUGCAUAGUUUUUAUGCACCACUAACUGCUCGCAUCGUAGAACAGACUUUGAAACCUCUGGGAUGGCAAACGUUGAAGAGUCAAAUUAAUAACUUACCAGGUCCAACAUUUGAAGAUUUCCAAGCUCAGUUAAUAGGCAUAAGCGGUCGUCACAACUCAUCUACUCCUAUAGAUGGUUCCGCUCUGAACAUUCCACGUAUUAUUUUGGUAUUCUUUGUGGGCGGUUGUACCUUUGCGGAAAUCGCAGCGCUAAGGUUUCUAUCACAGCAAGAGGAUAAUAAUGUUGAAUUUAUUAUAGCCACCACGAAAAUUAUUAAUAAGCAUAGUUUCAUCAAAGAUUUAAUGACAUAAUCAAACAAACGUGCUUUGCUAAAGUAUAUUACUAAUAUAAAAUACAAAAAAUAUAUAUUGUAAAUUAAAAUAAAUAUAUUCCCAAUAAGGUAUAUAAGUACCUAUCUAUAUGUUCUUUUAACAUUAUCGCUAGAUCCAUUUUAUGUUAUAUGCAGUUUUCAGAUCUAGUUUAUAAUUUUGGAGGACCCGUUCAUAUAUUUAGACUUAUCUAUCGUGGUAGCGAAAUAAAUUCCACUCUUGCAAUUCUCGGUUUAUUGAAUGAAUUGAAAUAAUGAUUUACAAAAUAAAGUUUAAAGCAGUUUGUUUGAGGUGAGGCUGGAUGUAUGCAAAACGGCAACUUUGGUUAAAUGUGAUCAAGAAAUAAAAACAACAACUACGUUGUCGCUACGGAAGGGCGGCACAUCGGUCACUAACGGAAGCACACACAUAUUCUGUUACAGAUUCCAACCCAUCUGUAUUUUAGCCGAAGUUUUGAAACUCUAUAUUAUCAAUCAAUUUGUCAAAAAUAUUUUGGUUAAGCACUGACGAACUUCAACUUUUUCUCGGUAUGAAAAGAACAUAAAUUUAUUUUCGAAAAAAUAUUAAUAGAAAAAUGGUAAGUAAAACAUUUAUAUGUAUAUUUAAACUAUUUUCAUAAGUUAUUUUGUAUAAACACAUAAAAAGUAAGGUGGAGAUAAUAACAAUUUGGAAAACAAUAAAAAUAAAAUUAAGUGAGGAAAAUCAAUGUACAUUUAAGUAAAAUAAUAAUAGAAGCGACUUUCUACUCUUUACUCAUUUGGAUUUUAAUCCAUUGCGUAUAGUUGGUGUUCGUAAUAUUUAAAACCUCCUUACCAACCACAGAUAUCCAUAAAAUCAUGUAAUUUGGCUUACUUAGGUUAGAAAGUUUCAAUGGAUUGUAUAAUCACGAAAACUUUCGUAUGCGCAGGAUAUCAGUUCUGGGAGCAACAUUUGAGUUAUUGUAAUAUAAAUCUAAAAUAAUGUUCAAUAUUUUGAAUAUUUAUUCUCUUUUAUGAACAAGAACUUAGUUUUCGUUUAAAAAUUUCCAGCUGUUUAAUUAUCUGCCAAUCCUUCACUUUUUGACACCAUCAAGGACACUUCGCCUGAAAUUAGUUAAAAUUCGUAAUCCCAAAAAAAAUUUUAUUGAUCUGAAGUUGAUUUGCUUUAACUUCAAUUCAACUGAUCUUUCUCUGCCUUUCUUUCCAAGCCUCCUUUUUCGUAGCUGUGUGAACCCUUGAGUUCCGUUCCAAUAUCAAAUAUUUUUGUAACAGUUCCAUCACUAUUUUUGUCUCAUCAAUGUGUCACUAAAGUAUGCAUUCCCUUAAAUGCUUUUUUUAAUUUUAAUUAUACCAGUUUGCUUUGAUUCCCAAGUUUUUAGUGUUAAAAUUCAGCUUCGCAUUUUUGUAGUUUAUUAAACUAUUGUCUAACUGUAAAGUGGUAAAGCUAUUGAGAUCUACCAGAACAGUGCUGCGUAUAUAAAGCUUUUAAUAUACCAUUAAAUGUUCAGUUAAAAACAAAAAAUAUAUUUUAAACAACAUAAUCCGGAUGUGGGAUAUUUGUGGACAGGCUGUAAUUUUCCUUAGUUUAAAACACUACAGUAAAUUAGCUACAACGAAAAGAGUUUCCAAUAUAUAUGUAUAUGUGAUUUUUUGCCGUCUUUAUUUUUAUAGACUUAUUAAUUUGUUAUCUUCGAUUUUAUUAUAUCUAGCAUAAAAAUAAAAUAAAUUUGAAUUUCAAUAUUUUUAACAUAAAGUUUUUCUUAUUUUUCCUUAAUACGUUUCUAACUUUUGUUGUUGUUGUUUUUUAAAUAUAUAUAUAUAUAUAUAUAUAUGUAUAUAUAUAUA